AUGAACGACCGACCGACCGGGACGUGUACGACGACUGGAAACGGUCUCUCCCGCUCUCUUUCUCGUGAGUUCCCCGCGGGUUUUGAACCGCGAUGGACGUCACAUACUCAGACGGAAAGAAACGGGCGCCAUCGACGGCGAAUAGAGAGAGAGAGAGACGCUAAACGGGCGUCACCUGCCCUCGCUCUUGUGUGGAUGUCGUCGUACCGUGUUACGACUGGCUUGCUUGGCGAAGGGGUCGACGCGUCCCAGGUCGUGUGUCAUUGGCGGAAAGUCGAGAAAAACACGAGGUUCGGGAGCUGUUUGAAAUGUCCCAAUUGA